CGAUACCAACUUCUUUAUAUAAUGACACGUACCAUUCCACUCAAUGUGAUCCUCAGUUUGAAUUUAUAAAAUAUAUGCUACUCAAAUGAAACGCACUUAUGCCUGCUCUUAGUAGAGGAAGCACUAGCUAAUUGCCUAACGCUCCAUUAGCAUAUGGCCUAUACUGACUUGAGAAGGAAAGAACGUUCAUUGCUGUGGCCAAUAGGAUCCCCUCUCCCCACCUUCCCUUUUCUGCAUCAAAAUCUACACAGACAAAAGUCAGAUGUUGUAAUACGCAUUUUAUCGUGUCACUUAAGCACUAAGAGGUGCUUUUAAAGUUUUUAUUAAUGCUGCUCAAACUUGACCCCGACGGUCCAGGAUACAGGCCAAGGUGUCAGUGCGGACACAAUCGCAAGGCGGCUGUUAGGCUUCUGGGCUGGGCAGGAAACUUGCCAGGUGCUACUAGGAACGUAUCAGCCCUUUCUACAAAGCAGGUGUCUUUCCCAUCAUAAAAUGCAAAGCAAUCAGCCGUUCCCUUUCUCCCCAGCCCCCUCGUCCGGAGGCCGAGAGGAUAUUUACCCUGGGCUCUUGCAGUUCUCUUAUAACUGAACCCAGCGGCGGCUCCUUCUCCGAGCUCAGAGCCAGCAGGCUCAGGCCCAGCCACACUUCACAGGCAAAUUGCCGAGCUGACCAAGGGCUUUGGCCAAGCCCGAGCUGGGCCGGGGCGUCCGGGAAGCGGAAGGAGCCAGUCUAGGAAAUCCGGGUGUGCGUGGUGGUGAAGCUGGUGGGCAAGCUUCCACUUCAGGUCUGCGUAGAGACCUCGGGCUUUGUGUCUCGCAACAGACGCUUGGCGCCGCUCCUCUUCCAGCCUGCUGCCGCCUUCUCCGAGCGAGUGAGUUGGCGAAACUCACUCACCUGUCGGAACACGGUGCCUGGCGGCCAGACGCGCAGGUUACAGCAAACCUUGGCCGGGACCCCCCAGCCAGGGAGGCAAGUGUGGGGGCUGCUUCUAGAGGCGCCAGCUCCCACCCCCAGCUCCGCGCCCCCUGCUCGUCCCCUUUCACUUCCAGGCGCCUUCGGCUUGGGGUGCCCAGACGGGCCAGUCCAGCAGACGCCAGGGCUGCAGGUUCAAGAUGCUCCGCCUCCUCCUGCCACUUAGAGCCACAAACGCUAGCGGGAACCUUUCCACUCGGUCUUAGUCUGCGGUCACUGCUGAGGUUUUCAGAACUUUCCAGGCAAAGGCCAGCCAGGUCCUUUGCCUUCAACCCACUCCGCGCCUACCUCCCGCCUGGGGACACCCCUAGGCCCAGGAGAUCCUCCCCCUAGCACCGACGUUCCAACUGUCGUCUGCGCCCCCUGACUGCUGUCCGGCUCCUGUGCCAAGGGGCGCGCGCAUCUUCCCGGGGCCAGCAACGCUCCCAACUUCUCGACUCGCCCUCCUCCUCCCCAGAGCGAGAGUGGGGCGGGCUGAGCCCGGUUUCGCGGUGCACUCGAGCGUUCCCAGCGCUCGGCAUUCGCCCCGCCUCAGAGCCGACUUUCGAGGGGGGAUUGAGCCUCGGAGGUCCAGGCGUCUUACUCCAAAGCUCAAGUCGGCCCCCGUCUUUUCUUUCCACACCCCUGUGUCCGUCGCAUGCUGGCCGGGUGAGCGGCCGGGCCGAGGAUUCGGGUGCCCGGGGCCGCGUCGCCCCGUCGGGUACUGAGCUGAGCGCACCAUGGCCGGCUGCUGCUGCCUGUCCGCGGAGGAGAAGGAGUCGCAGCGCAUCAGCGCGGAGAUCGAGCGGCAGCUUCGUCGGGACAAGAAGGACGCGCGCCGUGAGCUCAAGCUGCUGCUGCUGGGAACUGGUGAAAGUGGGAAAAGCACCUUUAUCAAGCAGAUGAGAAUUAUCCAUGGGUCUGGUUACAGCGACGAAGACAGAAAGGGGUUCACGAAGCUGGUUUACCAAAACAUAUUCACCGCCAUGCAAGCCAUGAUCAGAGCGAUGGACACACUAAGGAUACAGUAUGUGUGUGAACAGAAUAAGGAAAAUGCCCAGAUAAUCAGAGAAGUGGAAGUGGACAAGGUCUCCAUGCUCUCCAGGGAGCAGGUGGAGGCCAUCAAGCAGCUCUGGCAAGAUCCAGGCAUCCAGGAGUGUUACGACAGGAGGAGGGAGUACCAGCUGUCGGACUCUGCCAAAUAUUACCUGACUGACAUCGACCGCAUCGCCACACCAUCAUUCGUGCCUACCCAACAAGAUGUGCUUCGCGUCCGAGUGCCCACCACCGGCAUCAUUGAGUAUCCAUUUGACUUGGAAAACAUCAUCUUUCGGAUGGUGGAUGUUGGUGGCCAACGAUCAGAAAGACGGAAGUGGAUUCACUGCUUUGAGAGUGUCACCUCCAUUAUUUUCUUGGUUGCUCUGAGUGAAUAUGACCAGGUCCUGGCUGAGUGUGACAACGAGAAUCGCAUGGAAGAGAGCAAAGCCUUAUUUAAAACCAUCAUCACCUACCCCUGGUUUCUGAAUUCAUCUGUGAUUUUAUUCUUGAACAAGAAGGAUCUUUUGGAAGAGAAAAUCAUGUACUCUCAUCUAAUUAGCUAUUUCCCAGAAUACACAGGACCGAAGCAGGAUGUCAAAGCUGCCAGAGACUUUAUCCUGAAGCUUUACCAAGAUCAGAAUCCUGACAAAGAGAAAGUCAUCUACUCUCACUUCACAUGUGCUACAGAUACAGACAAUAUUCGCUUUGUGUUUGCUGCUGUCAAAGACACAAUUCUACAGCUAAACCUAAGGGAAUUCAACCUUGUCUAAAAGCUGCUGCCCACUCCUCCCCUAUAACAGAAGAUGUGAUUUGCAAACUCCUUGUUUUAUUUGCAAGUGCUUCUGACAUCACCAGAGCCAGCCCCAUGCCAGGAACUAAGGACGUCAUGUAGAUCGUGGGGACAGAGAUGGGUGAUGGAACUUGGAAGAUAUUUGAGUUUACCAACAUACUUUAAAAGUCCUUACAUCCCAAAUUGUUUUUAUAAUUAUUUUCUUGACUUUUGGCUAUAAGAUUUUGUGUAAUUUUUGAAUUUGGUGUUUUCUAGAGUUUUUAAAAGCCACUUUGAUUUACUUUUAAAUAUAUUUAAAAAUAGCGAUUAAAAUUAUGUAAGCAAGGAGCCUGUUAGUUUAUAGAUCAUGCCUUCAAACCUCUAGAGUUAAUUUGGGUGACUUUUUUAAAAAUAAGAAUGUUAAUGGGUUUGAAGCUUUUUAUUAAACCUUGUAAUUUAGAGACAUUUUUAAUUGUGUUUCUCACCUCAUGCUGAAGGGUGACUCCUUUAACAUGUCACCAAAUAUUUUUUUUAAACACUUGGUUCUUUUUGUGUGUUAACUUUCUAAGCCAAAUUAAUGGAUAUAUAAGUAUAUCUAAUUUAGCUUUGCCACAGUUUGAUCACCAAGAAGCCAAAGCUGACAUAGAGUAAAUGGGCUCUAGAUAGCAUAUAUGUUGUAUUGGUGAAAAAUGUGUGUGUGUGUGCAUGUGUAUGUGUGUACAUUUUUACCCCCAAUGUAUAUGACCAGAUCUUAAAAAUGUAUGAAAUGGCUAGAAGUCCACAUUGUUUGACAAAUGUUAUGUAACCCUGCCAAAGUUCUGAUGGCCACCACAGAUUUGCUGUUUGAAUUAUGUAUGCUGUGCCUUUCUGAGGAGGCCAAGAAUAUACCAUUCUGCUAUUA